UGAUUCGGUAGUGGACCGGGCCGGGUGGAUUUGCAUAGCGGGCUGAAGUAUUGUGUGCUCGGAGUUAGGGUGUGGCAGGUUCAUACGCAGGUCUAUCUACGAUACACACAGGGUUUCGUCAUUCUCAAACUGCUGGCGGUUUGGAUCAAGACAACACCAUGGAGAAACUUGCAGCUUUUAUUCUGGUCGUACUGUGCUGUACGUUCGUCGAGGUACAAACUGCAACGACGCCAGCCCCUACAACAAUAGCACCAAAUACAACAACGACUGCUGCUGCGACAACUAACGCUACAGGGACAAAUACUACUACAGCUAUGGGAACUACAGUAGUGACAACAGUCCAACAGAUGACCACAGCAGCACCUGCAGCUGGCGCCACAACUACUGCAAAUGCUACAGCUGCAAAUACUACAGCUGCAGCUACAACAGCUGCAGCUACAACAGCUGCAGCUACAACAGCUGCAGCCACAACAGCUGCAGCCACAACAGCUGCAGCUACAACAGCUGCAAAUACUACAGCAGCUGCAAAUACUACAGCUGCAAUGCCGACACCUGCAGCAGCAACUACAGCUGCAGGUGCAACUACAGCUGCUCCUGCAACAAACACCACAGCCGCAGCUGCCACGACCAAACAAACCACUGUCAUGGCGUCAACCGCACCCGUUAUCACAACUACAGAGGUGGACUUGUGCUUGACUGAUCCCUGUCAGCAUGGAGGUAACUGUUCAAGGGUUCCCGGUGGAUACAUGUGUAACUGCACUGGGACUGGAUACAUGGGGAAAAACUGCACCGAAGACGUUAACGAGUGUGAUUCAGGUGACCACAUGUGUGACGGCAACGCCACCUGCACCAACACUGUGGGAAGUUAUACGUGUGCCUGUAAUGAUGGUUACCAAGGAGAUGGGACGAACUGCACAGACAUCAAUGAAUGCAAUGAAAUGCACAAUUGCCACCCCAUGGCUACCUGUCAUAAUGUGCCUGGGUCAUACCAUUGUGACUGCAAUGAGGGGCAGAAAGGCAACGGCACAUUUUGUGAAGAUGUUGACGAGUGUGCCUUUGGGAUUGAUGCCUGUCACGAGCAUGCAAAUUGCAGUAAUACAGAUGGGAACUACACCUGUACCUGUAUCGCUGGUCACGUGGGGGAUGGUUUUAACUGCACAGAUGUUGACGAGUGCUCUACUGACACUGACGACUGCCAUGACCAUGCUAACUGUGUAAACACUGAGGGGAGCUUCACCUGUGAGUGUAAAGACGGGUACACCAGGAAUGGCACAGAGUGUGUAGAUAUUGAUGAGUGCUUCCUUGGUUCGGACACGUGCCAGUAUUUCUGUGACAACACAGAAGGCUCAUACACAUGCAGGUGUCCUGAUGGUUACAUACUUCAAUCCGACAACUCAACAUGCAUGCUUAACGCGUCCUUUACAUGCGGGGCUACAUGUAACGACCCAGCUUACUGUGUGGUUGGAAAUAGCAGCACAUGUGCCUGUCCACCGGGGUAUGUCCUGGAGAGUUUAGUCAACUGCGAAGAUAUUGAUGAGUGUUCGAACAGUACGCUUAACAAUUGCGACCCUCUCAGUGGUACAUGUGUGAAUACGGACGGAGGGUACAGCUGCGAAUGUGAUGCUGGUUUUACUCUACAGGCCGAUGGGACAACUUGUCAAGACAACAAUGAAUGUACAGAUCUCUGCAAAAAUGGAGACUGUGUCAACACACCCGGCAGUUUUAACUGUACCUGCCACACUGGCUAUAAAUACAACCCAACAACACAGAACUGUGAAGAUGUGAAUGAGUGUGAGGAGCAGACAGUAACCUGUGGUGAGAACCAGAAAUGUGAGAAUCUGGUGGGGAACUUCACCUGUCAGUGUCUACAGGGAUUCUACGAGAAGGGGCAGAACUGUUUCAAAGCAACAAAAACCUUUGCUGGAAAGAUUGAGUUUGAAGACACCUAUACAACUGAACUAGCUGACCCUGGCACAGCAGCUUUCAGAACCAUGGCAGGCAGGGUUCAGACAGAGCUUAAAAAAGUCUUUGAGCAACAACACCCAACUACUUUUAAGGAGGUUCAAGUGACUGCUCUAAGUCCAGGCAGUGUAGUUGCUGACUAUGACUUGCUGUUUGCUGUAUCACCUGGAGAAGCAGACACCUCUCUGUCCUCUGCACACUUGAACACAGAACUAAAGAACAUACUGGAACAGAGCUGUGCUACAAAUGCUGACGGUGAGAGGAUUUGUCAGCUUGGAGCAUUGAGUGGAGUUCCUCUUGCAAAAGCUGGAAUUGAAGAUCUGAACGAGUGUGCGUCCCCGGAGAGCUACCAGUGCCCUGCCAACACAGACUGUGUGAAUAUUGAUGGCGGGUAUCGCUGUUUGUGUUCCGACGGAUUCCAGGUUGACCCUGAUGUACCGUCCAUCGAUGGAAAAGAGUUCUGCACAGCGCUGGACUCAUGUAGACCCAAUCCCUGUCAGGGCAAUAAGUACUGCUCUCUGAAGGAUGACGGAACUCAUGAAUGCAAAGAUUGUCCGUGCCUGAAUGGAGGAGUCUGUGUGUCGACCACCAUGGCCAACAAUUACUACUACUCCUGCAGGUGUCCGGGAGGUUACUCAGGAGAUGACUGUGGAAGCCAAACAGUGUUCUUCAUCACCACUAUUGCCUGUGCGGCUGGGGCGGGGCUGUUCCUGAUCAUCCUGAUCAUCGUGGCCGUCUGCACCUGCUGCAGGAGGAAGGACAAAAGUCAAAGUAAUGGUGCAUUGCAUCACGGGGUUGAGUCCUAUGGGGAUGGAGGGUGGCGGCCGGGGAAGCUCCGAGCGAACUUUGACCUUGACAAACACAUGGAAAUGCAGGAAACUGAGCCGAAGCACCGUUUGAGUGGAGACCAGGCGUCAGGUGUCGCGACCACGUUUGGCAGCGGACACGCCAACAAGGCAGCGACUGGUGAUGACGGGAAAGAACUGGACAUGGACUACUUCUAGCAUAUCAAGACUUGAACUGCACAUUAUCCUUCCUCAGACUGUAGGUCGUCAAAUAGUGCCAAGUUGGCCAGGACAUUUACCAGUUUGCUAGUUCUAAGACAUUUUACAGAGAACAGAAUGAAAACAGAAAGCUGGGAAGAAAUCUUAAAUCUGACAUAAUUGUCCACUGUCCCCCCCCAGGCUCUGUUUUCGUGUUGUGCUUUCAGUUUAGUAUUUUUUUAAGUCUGAGAACUAGCAAAUUACAUUGGUGUGGUGUUAUCCUAGAGUGUCAAGGCUGGUCUCAUAAUAUCAAAUUUAUUCUGCUUCUCUGAUAGCAACAUGUGGACAUUCUUUUGCGCACUAUAAUGGAAAUCUUGUUUUGAUUUUUUUCUCAAACAUAGCUAGGUCCAGAGUAGCAAAAUAUAGAAAAUAUCAUAGUGUCUUUUUAGAUUUUAUUUUUUAUCUAUCCCCUUUUUUUUAUUGCUUAAUAUGAUCUAUAGUCCAAUUGGCACCCAAAUAUGUGGAAUAGAGAAUUCCCAGAAAGAGAAAAAUGUGCAAAUGUGCCAAUCUUUGGACACAAUUUUAAUUGCAAUAUAUACAAUUAUACAAUGAUGUGCCUGUAUCUAUUUCCUUCAGUGUUUGUACAAAGGAGAUCUUUAGUGAGUUAUAGGAGUUAAACUCACUCUGAUUAUCUUAUAAAAGUUACCCAAAGGAACACAGUCAACUUAUGAUAUCAACACUUUGUAGGGGUGUGAAUCUGCUUUGCCAAAUAAUACCAUAACGGUAUUCUAUCUUAUAGAGGUUUGGAGGGUUUCAUGUACAGAGAAUGUAAAAUAUGCAAUGAUGUUUUCUGGUGUCUUCCACUUACAAAGCUAUGUAGCAGCUGUAGUAGUCAUGUGAUCUCUGUUCUUAAAUGUGAUUGGAUGAAAUCCAUUUGUAAAAACUUUGUGUGUACAGUCAUCUUCUCUAUAACUGUUUGUUGGCUGUUUCUGAUAUGGCCUUUCCCUAUGGAUGAUAGGUUGCCCUUAAUUUGACUCAAUUAUGCACUUAGUCGCCUGCCCAAGUCACCAGCCCCCUAUAUAGGUCCCUAUAAAUGUCUGUGGCAGUCAACAGUGAAGUUUUUAGAAAUGUGGAAUUAAGGUGUUACAAGUGCCAGACUAUAAAUAUUGUACUUCAUCAUCAUCAUCAUAUCCACACAGUUUUUCACAGCAUGGUUCUAUGUGCACAAUUUGCGGAGAAGCAAAUGUUAAAAGAAGAUUGUACUGUCUUGUUGAUAUCGUACUUAGUGCCUGUGUCAUAGGUGACAAAUUGUACUUAGGGGAGAUCCAUUUGAUAUCUUGAGGUGAAACGUCUUCAAAAUCACAUCUUGUUAUUCCAUCAUAUCAUCCAAGUGAAAGAAAUUUGAUACAAUAUUUCAGGACUGUGGUCUCUCCCCAUACCAAAACUUUUUAAUCCAAAGUUCAUGCAGUGCCUUAUAGUGACUAACUCUUUUUAUUCUGAUUAAUGAGAUUUUAGAGGGGACAUUUCAAAAUCAAAAACUUACAUGAAGCAAGAUAGGCACAUAGGAAUGAUGCGUUUUCAUAAAAACUUUAUUUAUUAACAGUCUAGAUAGACCUUUUUAAACUUUUUAGUCACCAUAGUUAAUAGUUGCUAGAAAACCAGUCCGAAACAAUAUAUAUAAUAGCAUAUAGAGUUUUACCGCUUUGAUUUUGAAAUGUCUCCUUUGUGCCAGUUGCAGGGCCAACCGGCAUUUUAUAGACCAGUUAGAAUUUAAUUGAGCAGAUAUGCUUUGAAUAUGCAACAGAUAAGAAUUUUUUCCCCAGUUAAUUUGUUGUGUUACAGGAUUUUUGAUGAUACAUGUAUGUGGAAAUUGAUUUUUGAUGGUAGGACUGAAUUUAAAAAAAAUAGCACUUUGUCUAGUUUGUUCUGCUAGUAUUUAGUUUGUCUUGCAUCUGACUAUGAUAUAAAAACAUGAUAAUGUGUAAUAAGCUUACAGGAAGUGUCUUUAUAAUGCAUAUGGGCAAGUCAUUCAGGGAGGACUAACAGCAAGCUACAAUGUACUUAGAGGCAUCUGAUAGCAAAACUUUGUUGUCUCUGCUUGAAACCUGGUUUCACGAUUUUAUCCUUGUUUGCAAUUGGUUUUAAAAACUUUGAGAGUUCAUAUUGUUUGGGUUGCGCAUGCACUUGUAGUUAUAGUAAAUGUUUACUCAAGCUAUGUAACAGGAAGAUUUUACAUGAAUUAAGAUAACUCUUGUUAGGGAGAGUUUGGCUUUCUCUUAUGAUGCAUUUCUGCAUAACUGAACUUCCUAUAUGUACAAUAUAAAGCUAUGAUUUUACCUUGUUGCAAAG